CUCUCUCUCUCUCUCUCUCUCUCUCUCUCUCUCUCUCUCUCUCUCUCUCUCUCUCUCUCUCUCUCUCUCGCUCCAUUCCUGGAACCUUUGGCAAAUAUUUCCCUCGUCGCAGCAUGCCAAGUCAUUUGUCAAUCCUCAUUACACCUCUUUUCGUUGGCUCGUGGCCUCUCGUCGUUAAUUUUCUAUUUCUUUUUCGCUUCGGACGUUGGAUGGCCAGAAAACCUGCGUUCCCAUGCGAUCAGCACCUUUCUCGCAACUGCCACUUCCACUGCGACUCACAUAAUCACAAUACCGCGAUACUUCUGCGCCCAGCAUUCAGCAGCCCACCAACUCGGUCCACUAGUGUUCCAACAUCUGCAACAACCGGUGAUGGCUCAUCAUGUCAGCUUCCGUCAUGUUCGGCAUUCCAACGCAGUCAGACACUUGGAGGCGCCUUGGUGAGUGCUUUUCAUACAGUCUCCACAUUGUCCUUGCUCCUUCUACCAGUGUUAGGCAGGCUUGACCUCUCGAAGCAUGCAUAAGAUGUCGUGCAUCUCUGCACGUUACGGACCCCAUCCCUACGUGUGGGUGUCUAGCAUACUCGAGUACAGUACAGUAUAAUUGUACUACCUUGUGCCCCAUAUAAGAGUCUAGAACAAAGAUCUGUCGUAACCUCGUCCAGUGCGAAACGCCAUGAGAUCCGAAUACAGGCUCAACUAUGUCAUCAGGGACGCUCUUUCUGUCAAUUUGCAGCAUCGACAAGGCCAGGGAUUCGAGAGGAAGGGAGGG